AUGCGCACCGUUAAGGUCGUAGUCAUUGGCGCGUCCGGUGUUGGCAAAACAAGUCUUCGCAACCAAUAUAUCUCAGGACGCUUCACCACUGGCUAUCGUGCGACCAUUGGUGCCGACUUCAUCACAAAGUCUGUGCCCCAUUACAACUCCCCAGAGGAGAACAUAACACUGCAAAUAUGGGAUACCGCCGGCCAGGAGCGAUUUUCCAGCCUUUCGUCCGCGUUUUUUCGCGGUGCUGAUGCAGCCAUCCUUAUAUUCGACGUCAAUCAACCAGAUUCCCUACGGGCACUCGUAAGAUGGUGGUCUGAAUUUCGAGACAAAGCACCCAUUCCAGACGAGGAGGUCGAGGACUUUUGCUGCGUUGUGGUAGGUAACAAAAUCGACAUGCUCGACUCGGCGCACCCCAAUAAACCUAGAGUGAGCGAAGCCGAUGCAAUGCAGCUCCUUGACGAACUUGUUCCUCCAUCCUCUCUUUCUCUCACUCUGCCGCCCAUCAUGGAUGUCGAUCAAGAGGACGGGCAGGCAGUCGAAGACACGCCCCUUUCGCCCACUACGCCGAGCAAGUCCAUCGACAUCCUCACGCGCCAUCACCGCCGGAGUGUGUCUAAGUCGCGCUCGCGCAGUCGGUCGACGAUCUUCCGCGGCGGUACGCUCGGGACGAUGACCACGACGCAUACAGUCUACCACACACCCUCCUCGUCCAUCUUCGACGCGUUUGAGUCCGCGCUUUCUUCCCCAGCACGCCCGCUGUCCACCGCGUCUGUCGCAUCCUCUUCUCCGCGCUCCCUCUCCCCCGGGCCCGCUCGUGUGCCGCGCCGCCAGCCGUCCGCGUCCUCCGUCUCCUCCGUGCCGACGAUCACUCCAAGCCUAUUCUUGCGCGAUCGCGCCACGAGCGCGUCGACGACACCAGCGUCCGCACCGUCUCCAUCCCAUUCGCUCAGCGCACUACCUCCGCCGCCGGAGCGCCGCCCAAAGCUGUUCUUCUCGUCCGCAAAGACGGGAGAGGGCGUCGCGGAUAUCUUUGAAUACGUAGCGCGCCGCGUCGUGAUGCAGUGCGAGUAUGAGGAGGCCCUCGAAGCGCGGACGUUACACAUACAGGACGCGGACGAUACCAUCCGCCUCUCCCGCACGCCUACUGACAACAGACGACUGAUGACCUCAUGUUGUGGGUCGUGA